CGACCCUCUCGGUGCCUUUCCCUUCUGUUUUACGAGCAAGCAAGUGAGGAAGCGACUGCUACCUGCAGUAAAUUGCAGCGGAGACGAGGGCCAAGGAGCUACGCUAACAAUCAUAUCGGAUCAGAUUGCGUACCCCUUGAGCCCAAAUGGUCACCAAUUCCGCGGAUCACAUUUCGUGCGAGACAGCUCUGUUCAGAACCACCACCAACAAGUGGUGAGCCAGCAUGUUGCCUUCUUCGUCCUCUUCAUCAUCUUCGGAGAAGAACGAACGGCAAAAAGAGAGCGAGAUGUCCAAAGAGCAAGGUCAGGUCGAAAGUCAAGAAGGGAAACAGCGCGGCGACCAUGGCUUCAACGAGCAGACGCAUUACGUACCCGUCCGCACGAUCGUCACUGUGUUUCUUUCCUGUUCCACCGUCGACUUUGUCGCGCUCAUGGAUCAAACGACGCUGGCCGUCGCACUAGUCACCAUCUCGGCCGAUCUGCAAGCCGGUGCCAACGCAAGCUGGAUCUCGUCUGCCUACUUUCUCACCUCGACGAGCUUUCAACUGCUCUACGGCCGCCUCUCCGACAUUCUUGGUCGAAAAGUCUGUCUCCUCUCAGGCCUCUUCGUCUUCUUUGUCGGCUCUCUGGCUUCCUCGCUUGCCCCAAACGCCAUCUCACUAAUCGUCUUUCGUGCCAUUUGCGGCAUUGGCGGCGGCGGGCUCAUGUCCAUAGCCCAGAUCAUCGUGGGCGACGUUGUCCCGCUUCGGGAACGAGGCAAGUACCAGGGCAUUCUUGGGGCAGUCGUGGCCAUCGCAAAUGGCAUUGGUCCCCUCGUGGGUGGUGCAUUGGCUUCUUCGGGACAUGGAUCGUGGAGGAACAUCUUCCGGCUCAAUCUGCCCCUGUCGUUCCUCUGCGCCAUCUCCGUCAUUCUCUUUAUGCCACUGCGGCCCGUCGAGGGGUCGUGGAAGGCCAAGGUCAAAGCCAUCGACUACAUCGGCGCGAUUCUCACAUUAGGCGCCACCACCGCCAUCAUCCUCGGCCUAACUUGGGCCGGUGCAGACUACAGCUGGGCCUCUUCUCACGUCCUUGCGCCCUUGCUCGUGGGCAUUGCCACUCUCGCUGCCUUCAUUGCUUGGGAAUGGAAGGGCGCAAAAGUGCCCCUUGUCCCGCUGCACAUCUUCAAGAACAAGAUGGUGUGGGGCGCUUGUAUCACCAUGACGAUCAAUGGCUGGCUCUUUCUCUCACAGACGUAUUACAUUCCCCAACUCUAUCAGCUUGCCUACGGCUACGGGAACAUCAAGGCGGGCGCACUGCUCUUGCCCCUGACGGUGGCGCAGACGUUUAUGAGCACCCUCUCGGGCCUGGUGAUCAAGUGGACCGGGCGUUUUCGCGAAUGCAUCCUCUUUGGCUGGGCCAUGUGGGCCAUUGGGUUAGGGCUCUUUUCCACCUUGAACGAGAGCUCGAAUGUGGGCAAGCAGGUCGGCUACGCCAUCUUGACCGGUGUCGGCGUCGGUUUCACUCUCCAACCUGCGCUGGUUGCUAUUCAGAGCGCUGUAGACCGCAAGACAAUGGCCGUGGUUACGAGCACGAGAAAUUUCGUUCGCAAUCUCGGAGGCAGUGUUGGUCUCGCCCUAUCCGGCACCAUCAUCCUCAAUACCGUCCGGUCAACUCUUAAAGGUACACUGGACGACUCUCUUAUCCGGGCCAAGAUUGAAGAUCCGACGAGCCAGUCACUUAGCACGGAGCAAAACGAAGCAUUCCGCCGAGCCUACCAGCACGGCUUUCGAAACGUCUUUCUUGUCCUUGCUUCUCUCGCUGCCUUUGCCUUUGCGGUGGCCUUUGUGCUCAUGCCCCAGCGAACCGUCGAUCGAGAAGACGACGAGCAGCAGAAGAAGGAAGCCCUCGAGAGACUAGAGAAGCGUUGAUUCAAACCUCAUAUCUGCAUGCAUCAGAUCAAAAGACCGCUCGAACCAUAUCAUACAUGAUCUUCUGUUGGUGUACAGUACAUAAAUGUGUCCGAGCGGGUACACAACAAUGGAUGAAAACCGUGCUAGAAGCCUAGCCUAAAUUAAGA